AGGCGGCGCUGGCAUAGACACAUCAAAGCUCCUGCGUCGUGCAAGAAACGUAAUCGAAGCGAUCGAUGUCGUGACAAACCGAUCAAGCAUCCGGUAGUUCCGCGAAUAUCCAGAAGCGUCUUGUGCGUCACUGUGACCUCACUCAUCAUGAAUGCAGUCGAGCUUCAGAAAUUGGAGCACCUUUCGUUGGUGUCCAAAGUCUGCACAGAGUUGGACAACCAUCUUGGACUCAACGAUAAGGAUUUAGCCGAGUUCAUCAUCAUGAUUGCUGAGAAGAGUGACUCAAUUGAAACAUUUAAGGCAGCCUUGGACGAGAACGGGGCAGAAUUCCCUGAGUCAUUCACAGCCAACUUGUUGAGGCUUAUUCAGCGAAUGAAACCGAAGAAAUCGUCAAAUGGCGACGAUCUGAGCGCGUGGGAUAAAGAAGAGAGUACCGACGAGGAGAAAGAGGAUAUGAUGAAGAAAUACCCGGGCCUCUGCCUUCCAAACGACACCAGUAAUCGGACGAUGCUGAAUGAUGAACUCGUAAAGCUAAAGGAUGUCAAAGUUGCGGAGGAUGCAAUGGAUGAGCUGGAAGCCCUCAUGAAGCCAGGUUCUAUCAUUAAGACCGAAGCGCCGCCAGAGAGCGCAAAAACACAACACACCGACGGCGACGUACGGCCUCGCAGCGACACCAGGCGGCGCUCCCGAUCCCGCGACCGCGAGACGCGCCGGCAGCGGCGGUGCGAGGGGCUCGUGCACGUGUCUCAGCUGAGACGCGAGGGUCGCGUGACGGACGUGUCCGACGUCGUGGCGCGAGGCCAGCGAGUCAAGGUCAAGGUGCUCGCAAUCAACGGCCAGAAGAUGAGCCUCUCUAUGAAGGACGUCGACCAGGAAAGCGGGGAGGACUUGAACCCGAUGUCCGGGGUGCGGCUGACGGGAGCGAACGCCGUCGAGCAGGCGGGGGAGGGGACGACGCGGAACCCGGAUCGUCCGACGACGGCCGCGCCGCUCGUCAGGAACGUUCCGGAGCAGGACGCCGCGCAGCUGAAGAAGGUGCAGCGCAUCUCGUCGCCGGAGCGAUGGGAGUUGAAGCAGAUGAUUGCUGCCAACUGCAUAGAUGUGUCGGAACUCCCAGAUUUCGACGAAGAAACUGGAAUCAUUCCAAAAGAUGACGAGGAAGACGAGGACUUAGAGGUGGAGUUAGUCGAAGACGAACCGCCGUUCCUGAAGGGUCACGGACGCAGCAUCACUGACAUGAGUCCUGUGAAGAUCGUCAAGAAUCCGGACGGGUCGUUGGCGCAGGCGGCCAUGAUGCAGGGGGCGCUGCAGAAGGAGCGGCGAGAACUGAAACAAGCGCAGAGAGAGGCUGAGAUGGACUCCAUACCGACGGGCAUCAACAAGAACUGGAUCGAUCCGAUGCCGGAGGAAUCCUGCGAAUUGUCAACGGAGAAAAUAUCUACACCCGUGUCAGAAAAACAGCUCUCGAAACCUGUCAUGGCGACCGAAAAAGUGACCAACGCUGAACUGCAUAAACUGCUUAAAAGCAUAGAUUCGAGGAUGGAGCAGGGGUUCAAAACACUGACUGACAAGUUCGACAGUUUAGAGUUUGAAGUAGGAGAAUUGAAAGACGGACAGGCGAAGGAUCGGGAUGACAUUGCAAAAUUAGAAAACGACAUGGCGGAGUUGAAACGGUCCCUACUUACUAGCCAAGCACAAGUCUUCUUCCAGUCGCCGAUCUUCACGAUUCCCGGCCGCACCUACCCCGUCGAGAUCCUCUACACGAAGGAGGCGGAGACCGACUACCUCGACGCCUCCCUCAUCACUGUCAUGCAAAUACACCUAACCGAACCGCCAGGAGAUGUGCUCAUCUUCCUCACGGGACAGGAGGAGAUUGACACGGCGUGCGAGAUUCUCUACGAGCGCAUGAAGUCGCUGGGACCGGAGGUUCCCGAUCUGAUCAUCCUACCUGUGUACAGCGCUCUGCCCAGCGAGAUGCAGACACGGAUAUUCGACCCCGCGCCCCCCGGCUCACGGAAGGUUGUCAUAGCGACUAACAUCGCAGAAACGUCGCUGACGAUCGACGGAGUCUACUACGUCGUCGAUCCGGGAUUCGUUAAACAGAAGGUCUACAACUCCAAGACAGGCAUGGACGCUCUCGUUGUCACACCUAUCUCGCAGGCGCAAGCUAAGCAACGAUCGGGACGCGCCGGCCGCACGGGACCGGGUAAAUGCUACCGUCUAUACACGGAGCGGGCGUACCGGGAUGAGAUGCUUGCUACGCCGAUACCGGAGAUUCAGCGUACGAACCUCGCGGGAACGGUGCUGCAGCUGAAGGCGAUGGGAAUCAACGACCUGCUGAACUUUGACUUCAUGGACGCGCCGCCGAUGGAGACGUUGAUUUGUUCGCUGGAGCAACUGCAUUCGCUCAGCGCGUUGGAUAACGAGGGGCUGCUGACGCGCCUGGGACGCCGCAUGGCGGAGAGAAAAAUCAACAGCUUAUUUUCUUAUGACGUGGUGGCGUGUGGGAAACAGACCGUGCGCGUUCAGAAGUGCAUCUGCAGCGGUUUCUUCCGUAACGCAGCGAAGAAGGAUCCACAGGAAGGUUUCCGUACACUGGUGGACAGUCAAGUCGUCUACAUCCACCCCUCCAGCGCUCUCUUCAACAGACAACCAGAGUGGGUCGUCUACCACGAGCUGGUCCUCACCACGAAGGAAUACAUGAGAGAGGUCACCACCAUCGACCCCAAGUGGCUCGUAGAAUUCGCGCCCGCGUUCUUCAAGCUGGCCGACCCGACGAAGCUGAGCAAGCACAAGAAGACGCAGCGACUCGAACCGCUCUAUAAUAGAUACGAGGAACCGAACGCGUGGAGGAUAUCGCGUGUGCGCAGAUACAAGUAGAGGAGAGAGUGUGGAACGCUUGGAGGAUAUCGCGUGUGCGCAGAUACAAGUAGAGGAGAGAGUGUGGAGCGUGUGGUGAGGGACGGAUUUAGACAUAAGCUAAACAAGCUGCAGCUUAGGACCUCACAGUGUCUGAAGGGGGUCCUGCAAGUACCCAGGGGAGGACUGCGGGAUGUGCUGUGUGAAUGUUUGAUUGCAGUCUUGGAUGCGAUUGUUAGGGUGGAGCAGAGAUACCAACCACUACGAUUUAUCCGUAUUUUAUAUAAAUUUCUAUUCCUUUUGCACCACUACCACCAGUUUGUAUCAAACUACGAAUUUCA